CGCCCAGACACCCAACGAACAUUAACGCCCACGUCCAGUCGACAAAAUGAGGACCUACGACGAUACCUUCUCCGGCGCGAAGAUCUACCCUGGAAAGGGCAAGCUCUUCAUCCGCUCGGACAGCAAGAUCUUCCGUUUCCAGAACGGCAAGAGCGAGUCGCUUUUCCUGCAGCGCAAGAACCCUCGUCGCAUUGCGUGGACUGUUCUCUGCCGCAGACAGCGCCGCAAGGGUAUUUCUGAGGAGCAAGCCAAGACCCGUCGUCGCAAGCAAGUCAAGGCACAGCGUGCCGUCGUUGGUGCUUCGCUCGAUGUCAUCAAGGAGCGCCGCUCUCAGCGUCCAGAGGCCCGCUCUGCUGCCCGCAAGCAGGCUAUCGAGGACGGCAAGAAGAAGCGCGCUGCCACCGAGAGCGCGAAGAAGGCAGAGAAGGCAAAGACUGCUGCCAAGUCUGCUGCAGGUCAAACCACUGGCCGUGUCGUCGGCAAGCAAGCCGCCAAGGGCUCCGCACCAAAAGUCAAGGCCACCACCCGUUAAGGAGGGUUUGAAGCGAACCGUGUGAUGGGAAUCAUGAGGGGCGUUUUUGGGCCACGAGUCUCUUUCACAGCUAGCUAGAGCAGCGCAGCGCUGAGGGCCCUGGUCAUGAUAACUGAGAUAUCCUGGUCUACACCACACUUUUUCGGGCCUGUAGUUUUUGCGUGCCCACGUUUCUUCAUCUCCCAGGGUUGUCGCAUC